AUGACUAAUUUGAAUAUACUGGAAUUAGAUGAAAAUAUGGAUGAGUUGGAAAAUGAAAAAAAUAAUAAAAAUAUUGUUAUAAACAAUUAUAAGGAAAAUAUAGGAAAUAUAUUUCAGUAUAUAAUUGAAAUGAUAAAAGGUAAAAAUAAACUAAGGAAGCUACAAUUAAAGAUAAAUAUAUAUUGUAUAAAAAGAUUUGUAGACAUAAUUAAUAACACAUGCUUAUUAAUAAAAAUUUUGAAUGAAAUAUAUGUAAUUUUAAAUAAAGAUAACAUUGAAAAUUGGAAUAAUAAGGGGAAUGGUUACAAAGUUAUUUUUUUGUGGUUAUUGUUUUUAUAUAUAACGUCUUUUUUUACAUUUUAUUUUCGAAAAAUUUUUAUAAUGAAUAUUGUCCCAAAUAAUUAUGAUAAUUUAUUUAGUCUAUAUAAAGUUUUUCAGACAAUUAAAAAUAUAGAUUCAAAUAAUAUAUCAGUUCUUGAAUUUUUUGAAAAAUUUCAAAAAACAUAUUUUAUAAUAAAUAAAUUUUUUGAAGAUAUUCCCCAAUUUUUUUUAUGUUUAUUAUUUUUUAUAUUAAAUGGAAAAGAUUGUUUUUUAAUAUUCACUAUGAUUUGUCCUUUUCUUUUUUUUUCUUUUGGACUUCUAAACCAUGGAUUGGGACUUGGCGGUUUGGUGAGAUCGAGUCUUUGGGCGUCUUUUCACUCGAUUGACGACAUAUUCAUAAAAUAUGAUGCUGCACCACCAAACAUGUUUUUUUUUUUGUAUUCAAGUAUUGUUUUUUUGGGGGGAUCGAUUAUGACCAUUGUUGUGAAGAAUAUUGUCACUUCGCUUUGGAUGCCAUAUAUUUAUCUCCAAUUCUCAGUAUUACUGCUUAUGAGCGGUAUUUCCCUUUUGUUAUUUUUGUAUUUCUAUUAUUUUGAGGAAGAAAGUUUUUAUUUAAAUCCAUACUAUUGUUUGUAG